CUACUUGACUUUCGAAAGAAUUUAACAAUGCCGACGGAAAAGGCUUUCUCUGCAGGAUCUGACGUUCCUGAGCUGGAAAUUGGGAAACUCCGAGUUUACAGCAUGAGAUUUUGUCCUUAUGCAGAACGAACACUCUUGGUAUUAACUCACAAAAACAUUCCACACGAGGUGGUCAACAUAAACCUGAAAAGUAAACCAGAUUGGUUUCUACAGAAGAAUCCUAUCGGCAAAGUGCCCGUUCUGGAACAAGAUGACAAAAUCGUGUACGAGUCCCUCAUCUGUUGUGACUACCUUGACCAGGUGUAUCCCCAAAACAAACUGACCCCUGAGGACCCUUACCGCCAGGCUCGCGAUAAAAUGCUCAUAGAACAUUUCAGCCAGCUGACGACAGAUUUCUAUAAAACUCUACAAGCGCCUCCAGAAGAGAAACCGGCUGGACUGAAAAAGAUUCUCGAUCAGUUGUCAAGAUUCGAAACUGAAAUAGAGAAGAGAGGGGAUUUCUUUGGAGGUGAGCAAGUGAUGAUGAUAGACUUUAUGAUUUGGCCCUGGUUUGAACGUUUCUUUAUCUUGGAGAAAGUGCUUUCGCAAAUGAUUGUGACUGGAGAGUCUAUGCCAAAAUUAUAUGCAUGGACACAGAGAAUGUUGGGAUGUUCAGCCGUACAGGAAUGUCGUCACCCUGAGGAAAGACACUUGGCGUUUUUCCAAAGUUACAAAACUGGCGUUCCAAACUAUGACGUAGGUUUGGAGGAAUGACAUCAUUUGAACAAGACAGUAAAUAAAAGUCUGAUCAAUUGAAUGUUAUGAGCAGAAAAACAUGUACGCUAUAUAAACUUGUAUGUUUUAUAUUAUAAUUCUUAACAAGC